AUGCUGCUGCGACUUGGGUCAAAUAUGUUGGCAGCUGCAUUCUGUUUUGGCUCCGAACAGCAAACAUUCAAGUGGCUGGCAAAGACAAAGGGCCAGCACAGUGGGACACUUUCAUCAUCUCAAUUUCUAAGGGUGCACAAGGAGACAGCGGAACAUUUUACCGGCGCCAAAAAUAUGCGUAAAUUGCUGGAACAGCUUCAACGCAGCAGCAGCUCCUCUCUCCCCCUGAAAACCUCCCAAGCACCCGCCACUCCCCCCGAACUCACCGCAACACCCCCUCAUCCUCCAACGAUUCUAGGCACCGCAUUAGGAAAGCCAAAAGGAAAUAUCCUGCGCCUGGGACUUUUCAGCUGAGAGAAUUUCCCAGGGUGCGAGAUACUGUGCGCCUUCUCGCAUGCUACAAAAUCUACCAUCAAAGAAACUGUAAGUUUU